AUGAAAUCUAAAGACCUACGAAAAGUGGUUAUGGGUAUGAUUAAUGAUGGUAUGAAAUCGGUUCAAAUUGCUAAACGAGUACGAUACGUAGUCAAUGGAAUAAGGCCAAUACCCCCAACAGGCGCAGUUGAAAUAGAUCCCAAAGAACAUAUAUAUGCACAUCCCAAGUAUACCGAUCGAUUACUAGAUACAAAUACAUUGGACGUAAAAACAAUCUAUGAAGUUCUCUUACACGGUAUGCAACUUGGUCCUGAUCGACCGCAGUUUUCAUUUCGACAUUCAUCUGAUCAACCAUUUAAAUCCUAUACUUAUAAACAAGUAUUUGAAAUCAUCAAAGAAAUUGGUAGUGGUUUAGUGAAUAGUGGUCUUCAACCAUCAUCUGAAACACUUUUUGGCAUUUAUGCUUCAGCAUCAGUCAAUUAUGCAUUAUGUCUUUAUUCGGCUUGGCCAUAUUCAAUGGUACCAAUAGGUAUCUAUGAUUCACUUGGUCGAGAUGGUGUCAGAUUUAUCAUACGUCAAAGUGCUGUUGAAUUAAUUUUUGCUGAUGAUUUACCACGUGUAAAAAAUUUAAUUGAAUGGAAAGAUGAAACAUUAGCAUUGAAAACAAUUGUUUGUUUUUUUGAACCAACAGAAGAAUUAAUGAAAUCAGCUGAAGAAAAACAAUUAAAUCUUCUUACACUUGACAAAUUAAGAGAAAUUGGUCGAAAUAAACCAGUUGAAUUAGUACCACCAAAACCAAGUGACAAAGCAAUGAUUAUGUAUACAAGUGGAAGUACCGGAGAACCAAAAGGUUGUAUUAUUACACAUGAAAGUUUUCUGUGUUCAAUGUUUGGUGUUGCAGCUGCUAUUGAUCUAUUACACACACAGGAAUUUCCACGUGUAUUAAAUUAUAUGCCUUUAGCUCAUUUGUUUGGUUGUGGAACGACCAUUUCUGUAACUUAUUUAGGCGGAGAAAUUGGUUUUUGGCAAGGCAAAAUUGACAAAUUGCUUGAUGAUUUUCAUGAUUUUCGACCAACACUUCUUACGAUGGUACCUCGUUUACUUAAUAGAUUAUAUGAUAAAGCUCGAUCAGAGUUGCGUAAAAAAGGUAUACUGGGCCGCAUUUUAUUUCGAGUAGCUAUUCAAAGUAAAUUAGCACUUAUUCGACGUGGAAAUUUUGCACAAAAUACCCUAUGGGAUAAAAUUAUUUUUGAAAAAAUUCGUCAAUCAUUUGGUGGUCAAGUUAAUCGUGUUAUUUCAUCAAGUGCACCACUUUCACCUGAAGUUUGUCGAUUUUCACGUGCUGCAUUUUCAUGUUUUUUUGUUGAAGCCUAUGGUCAAACAGAAUGUGUCGUAGGUUGUGCACAAUCAGUAAACGAUAUUGAAGCAGGUGCAACAGGUAUUCCAACACCACUCAAUCUUCUUAAAUUAGUUGAUGUACCUGAGAAGGGUUAUUAUGCUAAAGAUGGUAUUGGAGAAAUAUGUCUUCGAAGUGAAGCUGUAUUUAGAGGUUAUUUGAAAGAUGAAGCUAAAACACGUGAAGCAAUUGAUGAAGAAGGAUGGUUACAUACAGGUGAUAUUGGUCGAUGGACACCACAUAAAACAAUGAAAAUAGUUGAUCGAAAGAAAAAUAUGUAUAAGUUAAGUCAAGGUGAAUAUGUAGCACCAGAAAAAAUUGAAGAUGUUUAUGCACGCAGUCGAUUUAUUUCUCAAAUAUUUGUUUAUGGUGAUUCAUUUGAAAGUUUUCUUGUUGCUAUUGUCUUAUUGAAUGAUGAUUAUGUAAAACAAUGGGCAAAAAAUGAAGGAUAUAAUGUUGAAACACCAAUGUCAUCUGAAUUAAAUGCUAAAUUGAAACAAACUGUACUUGAUGAUAUGAUUCGUGAAGGUAAAAAACGUGGUUUAAUGUCAUAUGAACAAGUGAAAGCCAUUGAAUUCAUCAAAGAAUCAUUUACAAUUGAAAAUGGACUUUUAACACCAACAUUGAAAGCACGUCGAUAUGCUGUAGAAAAGAAAUAUAAAGAACUUUUUCAAAAGAUUUAUCAAAAUACCCGUGCUUAG